AACCCCUUGAAGCUUCCUCUAUCAUUUUCUCAUCAUCAUCAUCAGGAAGAGAUCCAAAGUGGGGGGAUUUCUUCUAAUCACAGUCAUCAUCAUCUUCAUCAUCGUUUAGACCCUUGUUUGGUUCUCACUUCAGAUCCAAAACCUCGUCUCAGAUGGACUGCUGACUUGCAUGAACGUUUUGUGGAUGCUGUCACUCAACUUGGAAGCCCUGAUACAACUGCAGCAUCAUACCUUUUGGGUAGCCCAGUCAUGGGUACUUCAUCUCCUGGCUUACCAGCUUCCGAUAUCAAUGAGGGUUAUGAAGUCAAGGAGGCACUAAGGGCGCAGAUGGAAGUGCAGAGAAAAUUACAUUUACAAGUUGAAGCUGAGAAACACAUGCAGAUUCGCAAAGAUGCAGAACUAAGAUAUAUGACGUCGAUGCUCGAUAGACCAUGUAAGAUGCUUCCUAAAUACAGCAUGGAUGGUGAAGGGGUAGUACCGGAGCCCAAAGGCAUUGAUGAAUCGGCAGCGCCAAAUCCUUCCAUUCCCAACUCUGGUCAAAUAAAACUCUACUCUUUUAACCCGACAAAAGCAGUCAACGUUAUUGUCCCUGAGAGUGAUAGUCCUCAUAGUCUUCAAACAAUGAGAGCUGAUUGUUCUACUGAAAGCUGCCUGACUUCACAUGAAAGUCCAGCGAAUUUGUCUUUGGAGACUUCCACUGGUGGGGGCGGUGUAAAACAAGUUAGGAAUUUGGAUUCAGUAUCAAAUUCGCUGAUUUAGUGUGGCACGAGAAGGCUAGCACAGGACAAUGAUUUGAGUUGUGUCAACCCACAAGAAACCACUGGAUAUGAAGGAUAUGAAGAAAUAUAAGCAGAACAUAUAACUAAAAUCCAUCUACAUUGACAUGUCCUUGAUAUACUUGUCAGGAGGGUUCUUUAAUAUGUUAGCUAGUGAAUGCCAGAUGAUCAGGUUGUAGUUCUGUAGGAGAAGGGGCAAGAAAGUAUUUUGACGUGUUCCAAGCUGUAAAUGCAUAGCUAUUAGUACCUUAAAUAACAGAUGAUCAAGUCUAGUGUGUACAAAAUGGCAAGAAUAGUAUCUAGACA